UUCAUGUUGUUACUGGUAGCUUGAUCUGGUCAAAGUGAGCCUUACUUUGUAUUAGAGACCAGAAGUUAUUCAUUCAUUUGUAGAUAUAUAAUAUAUACCUGUGUUUGGUCCAGAAGCAGCUACUUCUGUUUGUGUACAAUGAGUGGUAUUUUUGAUAUAAAGUAUGAAGUCUGGACAUACUCACUGUGACGUCCUCCAGGUGAAAGGUCAAGCGGCUGCAGGCACAGCAGCAGAAGAAGAAGCUUCCUGUCCGGUGUCCCGAGACAAAAGUGGAUCCGUCUCCAUCGUGGUUCACGUGAAGCCCGGCUCCAAACACAGCGGGGUCACAGAAGUCUCCUCAGAGGCGGUGGGCGUCGCCAUCGCGGCUCCUCCGAUGGACGGAGAGGCCAACGCCGAGCUCCUCCGCUACCUGGCUGAAGUUCUGGACCUGAAGAAGAGUCGCGUGUCUCUCGACAAGACCUUCACAGCUGGACUGGUACGGCUACUGGGACCAGAACAUCACCACGGAAACGGACCGAUCCACCAAUCAGUGAGCAGGAGAGACGAGCUGUUGACAUGUCGGAAGUGAUCAUGUACAAGUAUUAUUUUUGUGUUUUUGGUUAAAUGAUGUGUCAAAAUCAACAGAUUAUGAAUCUGUAUCGUUCAAAUCUUCUAGAUUUUAUUAAAGGUAGACUCAGGAUGCAGAAAUAA